UUCACGGAAUGAAUCCAUCUAGAGACGUUCACGAUGCCAGCACGAGCCGCCGCUUCACGCCGCCUUCCACCGCGCUGAGCCCGGGCAAGAUGAGCGAGGCGCUGCCGCUGGGCGCCCCGGACGCCGGCGCCGCCCUAGCCGGCAAGCUGAGGAGCGGCGACCGCAGCAUGGUGGAGGUGCUGGCCGACCACCCGGGCGAGCUGGUGCGCACCGACAGCCCCAACUUCCUCUGCUCCGUGCUGCCCACGCACUGGCGCUGCAACAAGACUCUGCCCAUCGCUUUCAAGGUGGUGGCUCUGGGGGACGUUCCGGAUGGCACUCUGGUGACUGUGAUGGCAGGCAAUGAUGAAAACUACUCAGCUGAACUGAGAAAUGCAACCGCAGCCAUGAAAAACCAAGUUGCGAGAUUCAAUGACCUCAGGUUUGUCGGUCGGAGUGGAAGAGGGAAAAGCUUCACUCUGACCAUCACUGUCUUCACAAACCCACCGCAAGUCGCCACCUACCACAGAGCCAUCAAAAUCACGGUGGAUGGACCCCGAGAACCUCGAAGACAUCGUCAGAAACUAGAUGAUCAGACCAAGCCCGGGAGCUUGUCCUUUUCCGAGCGGCUCAGUGAACUGGAGCAGCUGCGGCGAACGGCCAUGAGGGUCAGCCCACACCACCCAGCCCCCACACCCAACCCUCGGGCCUCCUUGAACCACUCCACUGCCUUUAACCCUCAGCCUCAGAGUCAGAUGCAGGAUACGAGGCAGAUCCAGCCGUCCCCACCGUGGUCCUACGAUCAGUCCUACCAGUACCUGGGAUCCAUCGCCUCUCCCUCUGUCCACCCAGCCACACCCAUCUCGCCUGGGCGGGCCAGCGGCAUGACAACCCUCUCAGCCGAGCUUUCCAGUCGACUUUCAACUGCGCCCGACCUGACGGCCUUCGGCGACCCGCGCCAGUUCCCUGCGCUGCCCUCCAUCUCCGACCCCCGCAUGCACUACCCUGGAGCUUUCACCUACUCCCCGACUCCCGUCACGUCGGGCAUCGGCAUCGGCAUGUCGGCCAUGAGCUCGGCCACGCGCUACCACACGUACCUGCCGCCGCCCUACCCCGGCUCGUCGCAGGCACAGGGCGGCCCGUUCCAGGCCAGCUCGCCGUCCUACCACCUGUACUACGGCGCGUCGGCCGGCUCCUACCAGUUCUCCAUGGUGGGCGGCGAGCGCUCGCCGCCACGCAUCCUGCCGCCCUGCACCAACGCGUCCACUGGCUCGGCGCUGCUCAAUCCCAGCCUCCCGAACCAGAGCGACGUAGUGGAGGCUGAGGGCAGCCACAGCAACUCCCCCACCAACAUGGCGCCCGCCGCGCGCCUCGAGGAGGCCGUGUGGCGGCCCUACUGAGUGAGGCUGCGCACGCGCGCUCCGUGCGGCCGGACGUCGUCCCGGAGGCGCCCGUCGGGUGCCCAGCGUCGCGUGGUGGCAAAGCCCGCGCCGGCCCCGCGGGGGAUGCUCGCCACCUGCCAACUGCCUGCGGUCGCCAUCUCUCGCUUCUGAAGUCCGCGCAGUUCGCCGCCGCUGUGGGCCCGUCUCAGAUUUUUUUCUUCUAACCUGACGCAACUUGAGGGUGUCCGGUUCACCGCCCUGUGGGCACUUCGUUAAGGCAAACAGGAAGAUUCCCGGAGGGAAACUGUGAAUGCUUCUGAUUUAGCAAUGCUGUGAAUAAAAGAAAGAUUUUAUAACUUUGACUUCACUUUUUAACCAAGUCGUUUAUUCCAAAGAAUAUGGAACUUGGGUUGUUUUUUUUUUUUUUUUUUUUUUUUUUUGUGGGGGAAGGGAGGGGCGGGCAGAGAUGCAACUCAUUCUGUUUGGCAUCUAAUUCAUAUUUUUAAUUUUCUUUUCCAGCACCUUAUAAAUUGCAAAAUGUGUAUUUGCAUUUGGGGUGGUUUUUUUUAUUUUUAUAUAUAUAUAUAAAUUUGAGCUUUGCUUCUUU